GGGGUCUUUCGCGUGUCUUUCCCCUUUUCAGAAAGAGGCACUCACAAGUUCACUCACACCAAACUGAGCAUAUCUGGAAUAUCCAACAUGAUGAAGACGGGUACAGAAGAAGCAGAAGAAGCAGCAGGCCUAGUGUAUGUGGACCCUGAGGUUCAGGGCCAUGCCAAGCGCAUUCUUGCCUUGACCGGUGACGACGAAGGCGAGAUGAACGGCCAUGCUUUGGCGCUACCUGAAAGUCGUGCCAAAAAUGCUGUUGAGGCUGACUCUUUCACAAAAGAUAACACUGGUAUCACAGAAGGCAGUCCUAGCGAGAGUGUGGUCCCUUCGCCACCUGCAUUGUCGCCGGGACGGCGUCAUGCGGCACCCGGGGCCUACUCAAUUCCAGGAAUUCAGGCAGAGGAUACCAGAAGCGCAUCGGAUUGUUCCCUCUCGACUGCUUCCAACGAUCCCGAUGACGGGGAAUUGAGUCGGAGGAUCAACAAUGAGAAUACUGUGUCUCUCCGUGUACCUUUCGAGGCAAGUGUGGUAGGAGAAGACGAAGAAAGGACCCUUCCUCGACAAAAGUCCUCUGAGGCACUCAUGGAGUCCUUGGAAGAAGCCAUGGACGUCAGGGCGCUACCAGAACGGAAACCAAGAGAAAAGACAGGGCCAGGCGUUGUGAUUCUUGGGAUUGCUGCUGUUGUCAUUCUCGUUGCUCUGAUUGCUUUGGUGGUUUCGAUCCGACCAGACCAAGCAGAACCAGCUGCUGCAGCAGAACCCAGGAAACAAUCUACGUCUCAACCAACCUACGGGGAGCGUCAGAGAUAUCCGCCAUUUGAUGACCAUCUUUACCCUUCUACCCUCAAGGCGAUCCGGGAAGAUCCCAGUAGCCCUCAGUACAAAGCCAACGAAUGGAUGUGGAACGAUCCUAUCUUUUUAGAGUCCUACCCACGUUGGCGGCAAAUCCAAAGGUUCUCCAUGGUAUUGCAAUACAUGUACUUCUCUAUGGAAGGAGAUAACUGGUACCGAAACAACCAUUGGCUAUCGCAUGACGUCCAUGAAUGCCAAUGGUACUCAAACAACGAACAACCCUGUGAGGAAGAACGCUUGGUAGUACAAGACCUCAAGGCCAAUAACCUACGUGGUACUUUGCCCAUUGAAGUGCAGUUGGAGACUGUUCGGUACUUGGACUAUUCGCACAAUGACAUCUCAGGACCCAUGCCACAUGUGGUACACGCCAACAAGGCAGAAGUCAUCAUUCUCUCCAAUAACAGUAUUGGAAAAGUGCCCAAUGAGCUAUCUCCACCGCCCAUCACUACCGAUGGUGGAAUAUACUUUCCCGAACGCAAGAUUGUCAAGUUGGAUAGAAAUCUAUUGGUGUUUCCUAGCUUGAAAUGGCUUCAACAGUAUCCCAAUUUGGAGAUUCUCAAUCUCACUCAGAACCGAAACGCAGGCACGCUACCCACCACUGAGCUGCACACCAACACCAAACUUCAAUUUCUGGGGUUGGGCCAUAAUGCGUAUGCGGGAAGCAUUCCCACUGACUUGGCGUUGUUGACGGCACUGACUGGAUUGGAUCUGUCGGGAAACAUGGCCAUUUCAGGCUCCAUACCACAAGUGCUUUCCACACUGGAGCACUUGCAACACUUGGACGUGUCCGAGACGUCCAUCACGGGAAUGAUACCGUUGGGGUUGUGUGAUAGGAGCACAAGAGCACUCUUUUCUAUCGAUGCCAACUGUAGCCAGGUUCAGUGUUGCUAAAGGAGAAAGUGCUGGUUUUCCAUGAGUUCUGAUGGGUGGACGUAGGUAGAUAGCUGCCGACCAAGCUCCAGUAGUGCAUCCCCCAGCACAUCCUGUGCUGUCCGAAGAAUCGAUAGCAAAUCCUUCUUAGUGACAAUCUGGGUGCUGGCUAGCGCGAUUAUUUUCCAGGAGCUCAUCGCUGUCUCCAAAGUCAUCCUUGGCACCAAGUCCUCGGUGACCUCCUCACGAAGACAAGGAAGACCCAAGCCAUUCGUGAACUUCUUAUAGUGCGUUUCUUGUCAGCUGCAUCCACUUCAAUACUCAAAAAGGUUUGAGGGGGAUAUUCUAGCAUAUAAAGAGGGAUGAACCAUUUAGAAAGAAUAGGCCACACUCUCCAUGGAAGUCAUGACCCACAAAGUUUUGCCGUCAAGAGCAGAGGGAAAGUACAAAGUCUGGAGAUCUCCAAUAGAAGUAUCGGCCACAACCACAGCUUCUCCCCUUCGCUCAGUGUUCCGCUACCUAUCCACUGCGGACUACAGUAUGGACAGAAUAGAUACGUUAAGGAAAGAGGUGGGGCUAAGCUAUGAUAGCUAGCUAGUAGGCAGAGUGGUGGUACCGGUAUCCGUACUUCAAAUUUAGUAUGGACAGUGGUGCAGCUUUUUCUCAUGCAGUGAAAGAUUUAGGAGCUGCUCUAAAGAGGUUAGAUUUUGUAGCUCUAUUUAUGAUUAAUCUAAAUUUGGUUUCAU